CACAGGUGGGGUCCCACACACCCAGCGCCUCGCUCCCGGCCACUCACCACCACCCUCCACUGCCUUUUCAUCGUUAAUAUAUUCUCCCUUUCGGUUUUCCCAUCUUGUGAAUUCUUGUGUGUGUUUUUCUGUUCUCGUGGUAGACACUCUGUGUGUUAGUUUAGGGGAGAAACUACGGGAAAGUAGCAACACUCAUUACCCGGGCAGAUGUGUACAGUAUGUGGUGUUGUGGUGGUGUAUCUAUUUUUACUGAGGCAUACGUGACAGACACUUACUUAAAACAUAUGUUCAAGACCUGGGAGGAGUGAGCAAGAGGCAACAGAGGGAGAGCAGGAGGGUGGUGGCAAGAUAAUCAGAGAAGCUCUUGUAGUGACACUUAUGCACGACACGCGACCCCUAGCACAAUUACUGCUGGCCAACCUCGCCCGUGACAAGCAGGAUAGGACUAAUUCUACAGAGCCUUGAACACGUCUACAGGAUACAGUCAACUGAACACAAGAGACCAGCGUCCUGUUGAGAGAUCCAUAUAUCAGUCAAUUUAUGGAAGCUCGUGUGUAGUGCUGUUGACAAUGACCCGAGGUGCAGUGAUGUGGUGACUUGUGAUGUUGUAUAGGAGGUGCAGGGAUGUGGUGACUUGUGAUGUUGUAUAGGAGGUGCAGGGAUGUGGAGUGUCAUAUCAGAACGAUGCAGUGACAGUAAAAUAAAAUGAGGGGUCAUUUAAGUGAUGCAAUGACAUAUGAACGAUACAGUGACAUGCAGUGCUAUACUCGUGAAAUACCGGGUAGGCGGCACAGUGCCAGGCGUCAGUGAUGUAGUAAGGCGCAGUAACAAGUACCAACAAAGAUGCAGUGACUUCUGUAGUGUGAUGCGAGUGAUGACCAGGACAGUGCUAGUGCAGUGAUACAGUGAGUGAGGAAGAGCUAGUGUGGUGGUGCUGAAGGGGCUGAGAGAAGUAAAGAGAUAUUGGAUUCAGUUCUCUCAGGUGUGAGUCAACUUUGUCGCAGCAUCGUCCAGUGAGGCGAUCGAGGAGGACGUGGGGGUGAGGACAGGACAGUGAGGAGGGGUCUCUCGACCCCUCCCCGCUAGGAGGACAACCUCACCUGCCCCCUAGCCACGAGGACAGGCGAGAGAGGGAGAGAAAGAGGCGAGGACUAGUAACAUUUAUUUUCCUCCCUCGCAGGCGCCCACCAGCGCACACACCUUACUUCAUGGAGUGUUAGAUACAAGAUGAUCGCCAACAGCAUGGAGCAAAAUGAAUGGAAAGUUCCCCCAGACAACACCCUCCAGGUGGUGGACCCCAUGGGCAUGAAUGAUGCAUACCUUGAAUACCUUGAGUACCUGAGAAAGGAGGAAGAGGAAGCCGACGGUCCCAAGAGAAACUGGAGCGGUAUUUUCAUCUCGCUCGGCAUCAUCGCCUUCGUCCUACUCAUGGUCACUGCCGCUACUUUCAUCGUGGGCGAACCUCCUCCAGCCUUCUAUGGCAGGAGAUUAGUGGUGACAGAUCUCCAGAACCCAGAGUUGAUCGCGUCACCUAUGGGUACUCAGUGGGUGACAGGUCAUCAGUUGGCGUACCUGUCAGAGGGUGAAGGUAUCCGUCUACUAGACACUGAUACCAACGUCAACACAACACUCGUUACCAACAUUGCUCUUCACCAGACAGGGGCGGCAGAGUUCGCUGUGUCGCCUAACUUACGUUAUGUCCUGCUGGUCCAUGACGUCAUCAAGGGCAGACUGUACACACGGACGGCAGAGUACAGCAUAUAUGACGUCACGACAGAUCACUACUACCCACUCAAGCUGUGGCGUCAUGAGGUGGGUCACCCUAGAUACCAACAUGCAAACUGGGUGGGGGAGGAGGGAGCGUCUCUGGUGGUGGUGAACGAGGCUAAUGUUUACAUGGUGAGGUCCCCUAACGCCAGCCCUAUUGUCCUCACCGAUGACGCCGUCCCUAACUUACUGUACAAUGGCGUUCCUGACCUCUUGUACGAAGAGAUCCUAGGGCAGGACAACGCCGUGUGGCCCAGUCCUACGGGAGACUUCAUCGCUGUGGCGUCCUUCAAUGAGACAGGAGUGAGGGAAUUGCCCGUCAUCGAGUAUUCCGACAAUGUGUAUCCUACAGUACAUAGUUUAAGAUAUCCUACGGUGGACACGAUAAUUCCGGAGGUGUCGGUGUGGGUGUACGACCUUACCUCCAGUAGACAGCCGCCCCCCAGGACCAGACUCGUACCUCCACCUCCCAUCAACGAGUCCCAUUACCUGGUCACGGUGGGGUGGGUGGACGGGUCGACAGUGUGGGCGUCUUGGGCCUCGAGGGACCAGACUACGGCCAUCCUCUCCACCUGCGAUCACCAAGCUCUGUGGAACUGUUCUCUGGUACACGAGAACCACAAGGAGGGGGGCGGAGUGUCGCCUGUGGUGCGGUCGGUGGUGUGGGCGGGCAGCUGGGCAGUGUUCCCUUGGUCAGUGAGGACGUUGUCUGGCGCCUGGCACAACCACGUCGCUCUGGUGGGCGCGCGCGAGGGCCGGCAUGCCCCACUCACCCUGGAGGAUUACCAUGUGACUGAGGUCCUCGGCUACGUGCUCAAUGACAGCCUCGUCUACUUCAGGGGCUCAGAGCUGGAGAACGGGGCAGGUCGCCAGCAGGUGUACAGUGUGUCGAUGGGGCACCAGAAGGUCUACUGCAUUACCUGUCACAUGGGGUGCCCCUACGUGAUGGCUUACCCCAGCCCCACUCUUACACAUAUUGUGGUCAUCUGUACGGGCUCCGACCUCCCUUCCUCACACCUCCUCCCCCUUGAUGGAAGUGGCCCCGUCGUACCUCUAAACAAACAAUCUAAACUAAGGUUGGCCCUGAAAGACUUGGCCCUGCCCAUAGUAUACUCGAUGGACGUGGCCCUGGCGCCGGCCCUACAUGCUGCCGUUACCCUCACGCUUCCCCCUGGCUGGUCCAAAGAUGACGACACCCUCCUCUUCCCCCUCGUCGUCCAGAUGGUCGGCCCGGCAGAACAGGACGUGGAGGAGAGACUGUGGCACCUGGGAUGGAAGGAGUACCUGUCUUCGGGUCACCAGGUCGCCCACGCCCGGGUCCAGCUGUGGGGAGGCGACCCGUCCACCCGCGCCUCCACUCACACCCUCGCCCAAUACCAGUCGCGGGUCAUACAGAAGAUGCUGCAGCAGUUCGACUUCCUAGAUCCCCUGAACGUGGGUGUGUGGGGGUGGGGGUCAGGAGCCUCGCUGGCCGUGGACGCCGCUGCCCUUGCCCCAGAUCUGCUCAAGUGUGUGGCUGCUGUCAACCCCGUGGUAGACUGGCGGGCCCACGGAUCGUUCUGGGCGGAACGUCUUUUGGGGUCAGCGGAGAGUGAGGGGUCAGGUCGCCGGUACGAGGACAGUGACUUGACCCGGUUGGCACCACACCUAGGGGCUAACAGAGUGCUGCUAGCCCACGGCACCCGCGACCCCUCCGCCCACCACUCCUUCCUCCUGGCCCACGCCCUCAUCUCCCAGGAGUCCUACUUCACUCAUGUGGUGUACACAGACGACGACUACAUGCUGGACCUCAACAGAUACCACCUCAUCAACGCCUUCAACAAGUUCUUCUUCACCUGCCUACAUGACCCCCUCGAGUAUGAGUUAGAGAACCAGUGAGCCGCCCUCACCCACCCACCCGCCCACCACCCACUCACUCAGGAUGGCAGCCUUCACCUCACCUCACCAAUCAACUUUGUCUCCUGCCAUCUGAGUUCAGUCAACUCACAAACGCUAAUUGAUAUGUGCCUGAUUAACUUAUUUGUGUUAAAUUACCUUAUCUGGGUUAGAUUACGUUACUAUGGUUAGAUUAAGCUAGGUUUGAUUAGCAUAUUUAAGUUAGAUUCUGACAUUUGAGUUAGAUAAACUUAGCUUAUUUGGAUUUACGUCUGAUUAGAUUAGGUUAGUUUUGGGGGUUAGGUUAGGUUAGUUUAAGUAAUUAUUUGGAUUAUCUGAGUUAAUUAUUUAUAUCAGACAGGUAAUUUAGGUUAGUUUAAAUAAUAUUAGGUAAGGUUGAAAACUUGGGAGCCUUGCCUACAAUCACUCCACAUUAAAAGCUGAAAUAUUUAUUACCCCCAACUGAUCUUGUUUUCAUAUAGUUUGUUGCACUGUACAGUUUACACAUAUAAAGAAUUCAUCACCAAGUAGGGGCCGUACCCAUGGUCUCUAGACUCAAAGAUAAUAACAGUCCUUUUGGAAACUUAGAGGGACGCGGGGCUAAUAUAUUUUAUCACUGCUGGUGCGGUGAUGCGGACACUAAGCUUAUAUUGUACAAACUAACUUAGCUCUGCUCUAUUUAUAAAAAAAAAUUAUUUUAUUAUUAACAUUAUUUAAAAGACGGCGGGACUAUAGAAAUGUUAUUGUGAUGCAUUUAGUUUCCGCAACCAAACAAAAUUUCAAAUGUUUUAAAAUAGAUUUAAUUGUUCCUCCAUGUUUGGGGUGGUUGUGGCCUGUGUACUGUCUCUGGGGGCUUUUGUGUGGCUAGCUUCCUUAUGUGGUUAACUAAUGUUUAAUAUUUACAUUUAUUCAUACUUGGUGAUUCGUACUCUGCGUUUAGGAAUUAAAAAAUAUUAUUAGUAAACAAUACGACCCGCGCCCCUUUAUGUGAUAUAAUAAUAAACAUUGUUAUACAAUGUUUGUAUAUUUGACGAUUUGUAAAUAUCUUACAAACUUAAUAGUAGAUGUUUUUGUAUUUAUUUCCAGUUGUCCUCUGAUUCAAUGUUUUAGCCUUGAGUCAGAGCAGUUAAACUUCUGCUAAGAACAGGAUGUUAAAGUAAUGUUAAAAUACUGUAAUGAUGUAAAUAACAUCCACGCUUAAGAUAAACAGUACUGUAGAGGUGUGGUUGACAGGUAAAGACGACUUCUUUUGUUGUCAGGUUUGUGAAUGUUGUGUCCAAGAGACUUCCUAUACUGUACUGUACUGUACUCUGUUUUAUAAUGCUUACAUGAAAAAGAAAGUUGUCGAGAUAGGUGAAACUGAGGAAGAGAAAUAUGUUGAGUAAAUAAGAGAUAAUUUACAUUGUAACUGAAACACCAAUGAAAAAUAUCAGUUAGAGUAGAUAUUCAUAUAAAUUGUAUUAUUAAAGUGUAAAUUGACUAAGUAAUUGAUUUUAAAAAUUUCAGUAUGUUGGAAAAUGUUAAUGAUGGUAAUAUUUAGGUAAGACUUAAGUAAGUUCCGCCCCGUUCCUUGUGACAAGUUAAUGGCGACUAAAUUAACACUGAGUCCCCAGGAUAUAACUAACAUAUAAACAGGUGUAAGUCACUCACAGUUGUUCAUUACACUCAGAAAUAUCUCCAAGGUUUGAUAAAGCUUAAGAGGUAAUUACUAUAAUAAAGAAUUACCUUCAAAGUUUGGUAUGGUUAAGAACUAUUGUUGCUACAGUUUGGCGUUAUAAAUACAGGCGUGGAGAACGACUCUGGCGAACACCGUAGAAGAUCGUGUUACAAGUGGCCACCCUGAACGAUGUUAUAUGUACAGUGGUAUGUCAAAAAAUACUUACAGUAUUUAUCAACUAACUCAGACAACGGGUGGCUGAGUUUAACAAGACCGCGGGAAGACUGGCCACAUAGUAAAAAAAAAAAAUAAUAGUUUAUGCUUACAACAUAUUUUCUGUUUUAAGACAGAUUUUUAAAUACUUACAAGUUUAAUAUCCAUGAAGGGUGUACCAUACUGUACUCAUAUACACUGUCAACAGUAAAAGCUGGUAAGAUCAGCGUCAGUUGUUGAACCCAUGACGUCAUCAUCUUCUUCCGGAUGAGAGUAGAUAUCGAUAACGCACUUCCAUAUACGCAUUAUAUAUUUUUUUUAUUUCAGUUUAAGACAUAUUUAGUGUUUAUAUUACUUAACAUUCUAUAUUGUGUGUACUGUCUGGAAAUACAUCGCAACUGUAUACCAUUUACCCAGGUUUCACUGAUCUCUGCGCAUUCGAUUUCACAGUUAAUUGACACACACACACACACACACACACACACACACACACACACACACACUCCAGCAACUUUACCAUCUACUUUAGGUAUACAUAUUUGAUACUAUUUUCAUCACUAACAACAUUCUACCCCUCCGAUGUGUGUUGUUGGGUGGUGCAAACAUGAUGCUUGGUUUACCAGAGUCGUUUUUCAAGCCUGAAGUAUACUCUUAGAGAUGUAUUUUAUUUAUUUAUUUUAUUUUAUUUUUUUAUAAAUUUUUAGAACGAUCUACACCUACCCAAAUAGAUUAAUAAUAAUAAUGAUGAUAAUAAUAUUUUUAAAGUUUCCAAAUUUGUGUCUUGAAGUUCCCUGUUUUAUAUUAUACAGUAUAUAUAUAUAUUUUCUUUUUAACGUCAUAAAAUGGUUUUGUCUUUGGGUUGAUGUGUCUAAAAAAUGUUUGUAUCAUAAAUGGCCAAGAAUAUCAAACUCCCUGAGUUCUUUUCGUUCUAAAUGGUUUUCUAAAUGGCCUUGGGUAGCUCACACACACUCAUUCUGUUUACAUCUCGAUGGGACAUACAAAAUGGAAACUUUUUUCGCGCUAAAACCUUGUAUAUCCCUUGUAUAUCCCUGACCGUCUUGUGAAGGGAGAAUAAAUAAUGUAUAAAGUCUUGCUUGGAGAAGUGCGCUGGUUGUCACUUUAUCCUGAAAUUCUGCGUAGUUUGAGAAUGGCAAGAAAUACAAUGUUGAAAAAGUAUCACACACGGGACCGUUUUGUCAUUUAUUAUUUCAAUUUACAGGAAGCAACCAACGUAAUCAAGCCAAGCCUACUCCACCCCCAGCUUAUCCCGAUCUAACCCAACCUGAAAUACAACCUAUCAUGACUUAAUCUAACCAGACUUAAUGAUUCUUGGAUAGUUUGGGCUGGGUUUAGAUUAAGGGCAAUAGAUUCGUAUAUGUUACUUUAAACGUAAUAUGCUGUAUGGCCAAGAGCUAUUAUUGGAAUCAGUCGUUAUUGGAGAAAAAGAAAUCUUUAAGUCAGAACUGAAAAAGCGAUCAUUAGGCCAUAAAUAAGUAAAUAAAUAAAUGAAUAAAU